AUGGCAAUGAAUCCGCUCGACGAGCAUUCAAUGGAGCUCGCACGGUGAGCUCAUACCCAGGAUAGGAGUAUCUCUUGAGACAUCGUUUCGCUAAUCGCUCUUUCUAGCUCCAUGGAGGUCCAGAACAUACCCGAGAAACUGCGCUGCGUCGCAUGUGACAAGCUCGCUGCCAAUCCCCGAAAACUGCCUUGCUGCGACAACACCAUAUGCGGCGACUGUAAGUACCCCAGCAUUCGCUUGGCCGAGGAAACGAGCGCUGACCGCGGUGAAGGUUACGAAAAUUUGGAGACCGAGGAAUGCCCCGUUUGCUCGCACUCGCCCUUCGACAAAGACACUUGCUCGCAAGCCAAAUCGCUCCAGACGACGAUCAAGGUCUUUCUCAAGAACGAGGCUAAGAAGAGAGGCAUUGAUCUCAAGACCGGUCAGAAGAUUGCCGCCAAAGCUCCAACUCCAGCGCCGGCAGCAGAAACACCAGCACCAGCGGCGUCUGAAGAUAAACCGUUCGCAACGGGGGAGUUCGAGGCUACUCCUGUAGCUAAUGGAGAAAACGAAGUUGUCGGGGCGCCCUCACAAGAUCAGGUUCUGCCUGCUGAGGGCGGAGCGGUACCUGGUAGCGAAGUAAGGGUGGACGCCCAGCACAACGAAAUUUUAAGCUUGCUGACAAGUCUUCAGACGCAGUACGGAGCUCCACAGACGAAUGAUGGCGCCGAGAAUGAGACUGGUGACCAGGAUCAGGACCAGGAUCAGGAUGACGAUGAGGAAGAGGAUGAUGACGAUGUGAUAAUCACUACUGAGCGACCAGAGAACGAGGAAAAGCAACAUGAGCAGCAAAGCGGAAAUGAAGAGCAGCAAAACGGACAGUCGUACACUGAAGGCCAAGAGUCCCAGCAGAACAUGCAAAUGGAUCCACAGCAAAACUUUCAAUUUGAACAGAACAUGGGCGGCUUCAAUAACGGAUCCUUCGGUAACAUGGGCAUGGGCAUGAACGGAUUCAACCCAAUGAUGGGGAUGAAUCCAAUGAUGAUGGCCAACAUGAUGGGUGAGUACCUCAACCCCAACAACCCUUCCAGACUGAGAAACAUCUCAGGCAUGCCCGGCAUGGACCCUUCGAUGAUGUUCGGCGGUAUGGGCGAUAUGGGCAUGAUGGGAAUGGGCAUGGGCAGCAGCAUGGGCAGCAUGGCAGGAAUGGGCGACUUCGGUGGCAUGAGUGGUCCUUCAAGUUUCUUGAAUCAAGGAAACUAUAUGCAAUCAAAUUACGGAAACCACCGCCAAAACAACUUUUUCAAUGAUCGCGGUUACGGUCGUGGAUACGGCCGCGGCGGCUUUGGUAGAGGCGCCCGAGGUCAGUAUGGUCGCGGCCGCGGCGGUGGCGGCUGGGGAUACCAGCAGCAGCAGCAGCAGCAGCACCCGCAGCAAUAUGGCCAGAACCAGCAAUUUGGACACAACCAGUUUGGUGGUCCACAGCAGAGCGGUGCCAACGCGCAGGAAGUCCCGAAUCGUCGCCGCGCUUCAGCUGUACACGAGGGUGGACAGGCAGGCAGUACCGCAGCUGGAGAGCGACCCAAGACUGCGGACGCUAAUGCCGACCAGGACACGGCCUUCGAUACUAAUCGCGCAGAGGAUACUAAUGUCACAGGCUCAAGCACGGACCAGCAGAGCGGAGAUGCCGAGAUGCCGAAUCGGGAUGCUCAAGGUAAGUCAAGUUCCUCCUCUUUGCUCCUGCUGUUUCGAUACUAAGUCACUUCUAAGAUGCAGACCUCGGCCUUGACGAACAGAACGCUGCUGGUGACGGCGUCAACGGAGACGGCAGCAUGUUGCAAGAGACAGGCGAUACCUCUACACUGCAAGCUGCAGGUAAUGGCGAAUUCGACGACGGCAUGCACGCCUACGGUGGCUACGGCAAUCAAAUGGGUGGACAAGGAGGCUUCAAGAGUCGUGAAGGCUUCCAUGGCUUUGGUGGCAGAGGCCAAGACAUGACCGAUCUCACUCCUACGGCAGCCCCACCCGUCAACGCCCCGACCGGACCCAAAGCCAUGCGACAGGGAUUGCCAAACACUGGCUGGGCCAGUCGUGCAUUUGCAGCGCCUCAGAAGCCUACUCCAACGCCAGCUCCAGAGGCGAGCGAGAAUAUGGAGUCCGAUGCACGUGACGAUGAAGACAUGAGGGACACAGACCAGCAGUUCGACGAUAGAGGCCGCUCUGAGGACCGCUCAAACUCUCGGCAUCGCAACAGCAAAGAUCGCGGUGAGCGUUCUGGACGAGAUGACGGUUACGAGUCGGACGAGACGUAUGCUCGUCGCAAGGAGCGCGAGCGACGCAAGCGCAAGGACCGUGAGGACCGCUAUGAGGAUGAGCGCGACGCAGACCGCGCGAGCAAGAAGUACCGCUCUCGCUCUGAGUCGCGCACCGAUGAAGGCUCUCGGCGCCGCCACCGCGAUCGCGAUGACGAGUACCGAUCUUCGCGUUCCCACCGCGAUGGUGAUCGUAAGGAUAAGGACAAAGACCGACAUCGCCGCCGUCAUCGAUCCCGCUCGCCUGGUAAGGAAGACAGCCACGAUGACCACUCGCGCCGCAAGAGCAAGCGAGACCACGAUCGUGGCGCGGAAUACGACGACCACAAAGACAGCCGGAGCCGUCGUAAGCAUUCCCGGCGUGAUGAGGAUGAAUACGACAUGGAAGACAGCAAGAAAGACCGCUCGCAUCGCUCAUCCAAAUAUGACCGCAACGGAAAGUCUCGCUCUCACCGCGAUUCCGAGCGCGAGCGCGAGCGUCCUCAGUCCGCCGUCAUCCAGCCACCAGACGACGAACUCGGCUUCAAGAUCAAAGGCUCCCGGUCGGCCAAGGCAGGCAAGGAGAAUGGCUCGAUGGGGCCACCCUCGUCGCGCCACGAUCGCCGCGGAAGUGGCCUCAACUCCGUCGCGGUCGCCACACCCCCCAGCACCGAUCCGUACGCCGAAGAGCGAGCGCGCGCGCAACAGGAUCGCGAGGCGAGGGAAGCGCAGCGGCGCAUGUCCUCCACGCAGACUUCCUCCUCCGCGUCGUCGUCACUGGGGAAGCGCGCUCGUGCCGCCGAGGAGGAAGAGGUCAUCGAUGCGCCGCGUGGCCCCAAGAAUGAUCGGAACCGGAGCCUGAAGAAGGGCAAGAAGGAGAGACGGAUUUCGUACAAGUAUGAGGAUGAGGUGGAGAUGCGUUGA